GGCUUUCUUGGAUCAGGUACGGUACAUUUGCACAGCGCUGAUACCCAGUCGCGUGGUAUUGGAGUACGGUAGGUUUGUUCGACUCUUCCUUUCAUCACAUUUCCUCGACACAGACAACAUGGCUUCGAAAUACUUCAGCCUCCCCUCUUUCGCCCGCUCGAAGCAGGACACGGAAGACACCGCGCAACAGCCUAGCUCGGACGAACCGAUCCUGAAGGCGGCAGACGAGAAGAUACUCGAGGAGCAUGUGGCGAAUGAUGCACCGCCAUCCGGGUUGGAAAACGUCACGGCCACCAAGAUCACAGACGACGGCGAGGAGAAGCAGACAUCGAUGCAGGAGCAAUUAGACGCCGAUCAUCCCACAGACCAGGCCGUCAUCCCGGAAACCCAACCCGAGACGGAUGAAUCGACGCAAAACAUACCGGAGCAAUCCUACGACGAGAUCAUGAGGCAGAAGGCUGGCGAGCGCGUAAAGGCGCGGCAAGCAAAGAGACGGACUUUGGAACUCCCCAGUCAAGAAGAGGCGGAAGCGGCAACACGAGGAGGUAAUGCUCAGCUAGCGGCGACGGAGGACGAGGAGCGGCCGCAAGGCGACAAGCGCACAUGGACGACAUUCUUGCAAUCCAUGCUGCCCAACACCAGCUCAAUCACCAAGCUUACCGACUCGGACGGCAAUGCGCAAUCCUUGCAGGCGUGGAAGGAAUACGCAUCCUCCUACAUUCCACCCAUCCCUCCCUCCUGGAGACCAAGUAGCAGAGACAAGUCCAAGGACUCACGCCCUGCAUCGCCUGUGUACAACGAGGAUGGAACCGUGAACCAAGACGCCACGCGCGAGCGUGAACAGCGCGAAGUCUCCGCUCUACUCGACAAACUCUCUUUGUCGGAGAUGAACAAUCGAGUAUUCGCCUUCUCGGGGGAAACGCAGAAGAUCUACGAGCGGUUCAUUCAGGUGCUCAAAGACACCAUGAAUGGUGCACCCACGGCCUACGAGGACAUGGAGAAGUUGAUGCGCGAGGCGGGGCCGAGGCUGGAGCAGCAGUUUAAAGCCAUGCCGCCGUUUGUCCAGACGUUGGUGAAGAGUUUGCCGGCCAAGAUUGGGGGAACUUUGGGGCCGGACCUUCUGGCGGUGGCCGGCGAGAAGCCUGGCGCAGACCUGAAGGCGCGCAUGGAGGCGAGCAGUGCGGGGGUGGAUGUGAGUGACAAGGCGGAUGGGAAGAAGAAGCAGAAGAAGAAACGACGCAUUCCGGGUCUCAAGACCUUAUUGAGUAAGGAAGGGGCGGUGGCGAGUAUGCUGCGGAACGUGGUCACCUUCCUGCAGACACGAUUCCCUUUCUUGGCUUCUACAACGAGUGUGGCGAUGAGUUUGGCGGUGUUUAUUCUUAUGUUUGUCUUCUGGUAUUGUCACAAGCGUGGCAAGGAAGUGCGACUCGCACGGCAAGUAGAAGAAGCUGAGGGAGCGGGGGUGGAGGGUGAAGAGGACUAUACGGCGGAGGAAGACGAUGGGGAGGAGGAAGAGGAGGAUGGGGAGGGUGCAAAGGAGGAAAACGAGCAGUGUCAGGCGAUGCUGAAGGAUGUCGAGGCCAAAGCGAACGCCCUGAACCAACCAGACCCACGAGAGGUGCCGCUGCCGGAUGAGAAGGCGACUUCGUAGAGAUACCCAUGGCUUGAUUAGGAGGUGUGUGUCUUACUAGGACAAAUUCUGCUCAUCUACUUCCGUCUUGUAGAUUAUGAUCAAGUACUUCCUACGUGGAUGAGCAGUGACGUGGUGCAACGUGAGGCGACAGGGGUCCAGGCGAGG